AUGGUUGUGACUUUAUUCCUCCUCUUUUUUAUGAGAUUGUUUGCAGAAAUUGGAGGGAGGCAAGAUGGGUGCAAGGAGUCGAGGUGCAGUGCCCAUGGCCCAGUCAUCCGAUUUCCUUUCCGGCUAAAACACCAGCCAAACCACUGUGGAUAUCCUGGGUUCCAGAUAUCUUGCUCAGAAGAGAAGCGGACCAUGCUAGAGCUGCCCGAUUCAGUAAAACUCUCGGUGCAGAAAGUAAAUUACACUUCUCAGGAAAUUUGGGUCUCUGGACGGGAUUUUUGCAAAAACUUUAAUUUAUCUGCCUCCCCAUUCCAGUUCAUGAGUACGUACCGAUUUUACUACAUCAUCUUCAGUUGUUCAGAGAGCAAAGCAGAUCCAUAUAAAAAUCUUAAUCCUACCCUUUGCGAUUUUCUCCCCAAUAACCUAGUUUACGGUGUGAGUCCCGAGGCUAGUCUCAGUCACUUGGACUUAUCCUCGUGCUCCAUGAUCUACUAUUUUUCAAUCCCAUGUUGGUCUAUAAACAUUGGGGAAUAUAGUGAAUAUAAUGUUGUCAUGAAUUGGUCGAGACCAGCGUGUGGAGACUGCGAAGCAAAAGGAAAGAGAUGCAGAUUGCAGGAGAGUAAUAUCAAGGAACCUGAAAUCGAAUGUGUGGAUCAACCACCAAAAGGUACGUACUUCUGUGCAACACUCGCUACAUAA